AUGGACACCUUGCUGACUGCCGAGAUCGCGGCGAACUCUCCUCGCUACCGCCGCCGGAGUUCUACCUUCAUCGAUGGCAUCCAUGAUGUAUCUGAUGACCAGGGCCAGAUGGCCCCCGCCCAGCUUUACAGCACCAUGUCUGGUCGCCUGUUUCAUUCAGGCAGGAUUGCCAUCAUCAUGGUUGGCCUUCCGGCUCGUGGGAAGACGUUGGGCGUGAAGACGCGAGUCUUCCACCUCGGUGACUACCGCCGUGCUACGGUGCCCGGUGGUAAGGUUCCUGAAGAUUACUUCUAUCCCAAUGCGUCCCCGGCUUCUCAAAUGCUCCGCCAGAAGAUCCUCAAGAAGUGCAGAGAGGACAUCUACGCCUGGCUGAAUCAUGAGAAUGGUCAGGUCGCCAUUUAUGAUGCCGUCAACCCAACUGCUGCUGGCCGUCGCGCUCUGGCUAAAGAAUUCGCUAAUCACGAUGUUCAGACCUUGUUCAUUGAGUCAUAUGUCGACGACCCCGAGAUUCUUAAGGAGAAUGCUCGCAAUGUCAAGAUCUCAUCUCCUGAUUUUCACGGUAUGGAUCCUGAUGAGGCAGCAAAGCAGUACCUGAAGCGGAUCGAGACCAAGAUCCCCGUCUUCGAGACGAUGAAUGAGGAGGAGCUGAACUACGUUAAGAUGAUUAACGCUGGUCAGUCCUUCUUCUACAACAAUGUCAGCUUCAACUACUUGUCACACCGCAUCGUUUUCUACCUGACAAAUCUCCACAUCAAGUCUCGGAGGACUUUCUUUGCUCGCGCCGGAACGACGACGGAUGAGGACUCUUACAAAGCCGAUGCUCCCCUGUCCGAAGAAGGCAGACACUAUGCAAGAAAGAUGGCUGAGACGCUGCUGCGACACCGUGAGCAGGAGCGUCUAGCAAGCAUUGCAAACGGCGGGCCUGAUGUCCCUCUGCGUCCUCUGACAGUGUGGACAUCGACUCGACUGCGCACCGUCCAGACAGCUGAGCCACUUAAGGAGAUGGGCUUUAAGGUUCGGCAGCGUUCUCAAAUGAGCCAGAUCAAUCCUGGUGUCUGCGAGAAGCUUUCUGAGCGUGCUAUUCGUGCCUUGUAUCCUGAGGAAGUUGAGAAACAUGAGAGGGAUCCCUAUCAUCACCGCUAUCCCCGUGCUGAGUCCUACCACGAUUUGGCCGUUCGCCUCGAGCCCAUUAUUCUCGAGCUCGAACGCGAGCAGAACGACCUGCUUAUCAUCGCCCAUGAGAGCGUGCUUCGCGUGCUCUAUGCUUAUCUGAUGCACUGCAGCACAAUGGACAUCCCCAAGCUAAAGUUCCCUCGCGAUGAAAUCAUCGAGAUCAUUCCAGCUGCCUACCAAAAUGAGGCCAAGCGCAUCCACAUUCCCGGCCUGGAUCCUAAGACGAUUCCUAGCUCUCCCGAGGACAUUCGCAUUCCCGUGCCUAGUCCGAGCGGCCAGGCAACUCCUGUCCCUGCCAUGCCUAACCUCCCCGAGUCUGCCGCUGCCAAUGUCGAAGAAGAGCAAGCCGCACCCGUGCAGCAUCCUCCCGAGAAGAUUGUGAACACCGCGGUAAAGGACAUGGUGUCGGACAAGGUGACUGAUGAGGAUUGA